AUGCCACCGAAAGAUCCGGAAUUUCCGAACCAAGAAUCGGAUACUCUCGAAAAGAUAAGUGAAACAGCCACCGGCACCAUUGACGCUGCGAUUAUUGAUCCAACACUGCCGGGAGAGCUAGAGGAGCAGAGCUCAAAACUUUCAUAUUCGAAUUUGAGCGAGUUGAAGAUGGGCCCGUCACAAAAAAAGUAUCAGUUCCGGGUAGUAUCGAAGAAGGAGAUUCACACAUGGAGCAAAGGGAGCAGCAAUGGGAAAGUGUUCUCCUGCCAAGUGGCUGACGCUUCCACGGACAUUCAAAUCGUUGCCUUCAAUGAUAACUGCUUGCAGUUUUCCGAAAUUCUUCAGGAGCACCAGGAGUACGAUAUAGAGGGUUUCGCUUGCCGUCAAGCUAAUCCGAUUUUCAAUACAACAAGCAGCAAGCUGGAAAUCGUUCUAAACAAAGGCACGAAAAUUCGAGCUUUGAACCGAGCCACGCUCCGGAUUGCCGAGAAGUCUCCAAAUUACGUGUCCUUUAGCGAGCUCCAAUCGAUGAAAGAGAACGAUAUAGUCGACGUUUGUGGUGUGAUCAUUCAUGUUUCCCCGGUGGAAGAAUUCACGCGCAAAAGGGAUGGCAAACCAAUCGUGAAGCGAGAACUUCGCAUAGUCGAUGAGGACCGAAAAAUUCUCACCAUCAACCUUUGGAAUGAAAGGACGAACACUGAACUGGUGGAAAAGGUUGCAGUCUCCGUCAGACACGGACGAAUCAACAUAUUCCGUGGCAACCUGAGCUCGAAUUGUGAAUCCGCUUCCAAGAUAGACUCCGAUUUGGGGAACGAACGCCUCCUGAAACUGAGUCAAUGGUGGGAAAAACACGGACUCGAGGCUUCCGGCGACAACUCUUCGAAUCGUAAUUCGGAGUUGAUGAAAACUGUCAACUUCGAGGCGGCCCAACGCGAGGUGAAAAUCGAAGCUGGGAGCGUCAAAUCGCCACCGUUCGUGUUUUGGACCCGGGCCAGAAUAGCUACCGUUGCUCAGAAUUCCCUCAUGUAUAGAGCUUGCGCCAAAACUAAUUGUCUGAAAAAAGUGGAGUCCCAACCCGGGGAAACAUACUAUAAUGUAGAGCUCUGGAGUGGGCUUCUGGAAUCCCACACACCAACCACACUCGUCGUAGGUUGA